UUUCCAUUUUUUCAGAUCACAAUGGUUGUUAAGUAGUGAAUAAUUAAUUUAUUAAAGGUUGAACUAAUUCUAUUUUCCAAGAUAGUUAGAAUAAACAAAAUAACAUCUUCAUGAAGUGAACAAAUUAUAUUUAACAGGCUGUGGUAAAUGGAAGAAUGACAACAUCUCUUACAACCACCAGAAUGGCCUCAGACGGUUCCCAAGCCGGGUAUUCUAACUCUCCUUCAGAGACCUCAGCCACUGAGAGCAGAUCACAUUUGUGCGAACCUGUCAGGAAAUGUAUAAAGGUUCUGGAGAAAGCAGAGACAGAUACAGAAAGGUUUGCAGCAUUGUUCCUGGUACCUAAACUAGUCAAGACAGGGGAUUGUGAUAAAAAAGCAAGGAUGCAUUUAGUCGAAGCCAUUGGAUAUUCAUUUCUAGCUCGAAUGCUUCGGAGUAAAGAUACCCCAGAGGGAUGUUCACCAAGAAUGUAUCAAUCCGUUGCUUUAUCAGUUCUAAGUUGCUUCGUAGCUGACGAAGAAAUAAUGACGAAUCCUUCAGUGCUUUUCAAUCUACCCGAACUGCUAGAUAUCAUCGGAGAUGCAGACAACGAAAUAUUCGAGGAUAAUUUACUGCUGAUAAAUGAUGCGUAUCAAGUUAUAAUGGCGGUAGUGUCUACGCAGAAAGGGCGCUUAGCUUUUAUCUCUAACAGAGGAAUCCAUUACCUAUGUGAGAUCAAUGUGAAACAAACCUUCCAAUGUGAAGACGCUCUCAAACUUAUUCUAAAUAUUCUCACACUAGAGGGACAUAAGUGCUGGCACUACUAUAGUGGACCUGAGGAUUUCAACAAUCUGAUGGUGAAAUUUUGCCGCGAGUUUUCCAUACUGCAGGAUGAACUAAAGUUUGAGCUCUGUGAUGUGAUCAGAACAAUUUUAAGAAGUUUUCCAAAAAGUAAUUUUGACGAUGAAGCAUGGUUACCCUGGCUUCAGAAGGGUUUACAUGAUAUCCUAUUUUCUAAAAUUACAAAAAAACAAAGAGAUCCAGCAAUGAUGCUGGUCGCAUCCGUUAUUGAAGUCUCAGAUUUUGAAUGGUGUUUGACGGAUAACUCUGAGACCCAGGAGCGAAGUAGAUUCUUUCUUAUUAUUCUUAAUCUUGCUACAAUAGAGGUGAUAAUGUUGUUAGAAGAACUCACAUUAGAUGAAAUCAUGGCUAACAGCGAACUCUUAGUUAGCUGUUAUUAUAUAAUAGAGAGUGCUGUAUCCUACAUGGCAAGUGAUAGGUUGCUCUUAUUAGAUCAUGGACAGAGAGGGCAGUUAUAUACAGCUAUGAAGAACGGAUUUGCUUCAAUACUAAGAUUUCUGCAAGAAUUAUCAGAAACCCUGGGUAACCAAACACAUCAUCUGGAAGAUCAACAGAAGAAAUAUUUUGUUUGUGCAACCAUUCGUCUAUUAGGUGCCUGGUUGUCUGAAGAGAGUAUGGCAAUGAGAGAGGAGGUGUGUGAGAUUCUACCAUUUAUCCUCACACUCUCAAACCAGACCUUUGAAACUCAAAAGCUUACAAAGUUAUCUAUGCUACCCGGAAGAGGGUAUACAGACUCAAGUGAUUUCACAGAAUCCAAUGCUAUGAUGCAGGGUCAAGGAGCACAGAUAACCCCGGACACGCUAAGGUUUCUACUCCCUGCUCUUUGUCAUCUUAUCUCAGAGGAACCCUCAAGGCAAAUUCUUAUUGAGAUGAAAAUUCAGGAGAUUUUGUACGCUUACCUCUCUUACCAUUGGACGAUAUUUGACAGCUAUAAGAAGUGGUUAGAUGACCAGGCUGAAGCAGAGGACAGUGCUGACGUGGCAGAACCAUUUUAUAUGAUUGAUAAUGCUAAAUUCGAGAUGGUUAAUUCUAAAUAUGCGAUGACGACUAUCUGUAAUAUUCUGAUGAACCUAAUUGUCCUCGAAACUAAAGCAAUAGAGGAGGAACAGAUAUUUUUUCAUCUUCUAAAGUUUAUUAUGAAUACUCUUCCAUCACUGGAGAAUAACGGAGAGGUUCUUGUGCUGUAUGGGAACCUUGUUGUGCUGGGUCUACUGAUUCUACAGAAACACAAGAGAAGGCCUAAAUCUACAGAUUAUUCAAUCUUCAGAUAUAUUCAGGCUGUGGUGAGGUUCCUCUGGGACGCCCACAACUGUGAGGAGGCAAGAGAGGAGGAGGAGCUGGUCGUCUCCGCCCCUUACAUCGAGCACUGGAACGAUCUCAUCGAUCUCUGGUACCUGGGGAUGCAGGUUCUCUCUAACGUACUGCAAACAGUUCCCUGGCUGACUGAUUUUAUUGUGGAUUCUGGUUGGGCCCAGGAGAUUGUCAGAACCCUUGGUAAGGUUCGACCCAGUCGAGUAGAGCGCGGAACAUUAUCUGCCUUCGAGGAUUUUCUCUCCGCCCUCGUCCGCGGCAACUCCGAGGUGGCAGCUGUCCUCAAGGAAAACGGAGUCAUCAACGUUUGCCAGUUACAUAAGAUGAAAGAGUUGAGUUCUGUGCUACAGGGUGUAGAAGCAGAAAAGAAAUCUGCUCUACAGGGUGUAGAAACAGAAAAAAAAUCUACCCCAGAGAAAGAUGCUUCUAACGGAAAAGAAUAGAAAAAAAAGAAAAAUAUACAGGGUUAGCAUAUACUGACGAUACAAUCGUUAUUUUAGUGUGGUUUUUUUUCAAAUAUUUUCGCAACAAAUUUGAGUUAUGUUGUACUAAUACAUCAUUUUCUAUCUGAACGGUACCAUGCAUAAUUUCGAUUCAACUACAUUAUACUUACAGUGUACAUGUCAUAUGCAGCUAGUAAU